UGUCAGUACAACAUGGAGGAUGCUCCUAGAGAUCUUGAAGGAAGCCAAAUCAGUCUCUGAUAUUCUUGUGCUGUAUUUGGAACUCCCCACAACAUUGUGCCUAGAGAAUUGCACCAUGUGUUCUUCAGACUCUAGGAAGUCCUAUUCAUGGAUCAGCCACAGGAUGUUCUCUUAGUUCUGGGCAGCUGACUCUGGGUGCCCAGAUUGGGCUGCUAGUCCAGCCAGAAGUGAGGCUGACUCGUUUUGCCUCUGAAAUCUGCCCAGGCAAUGGACUCCCACAUGGACCUGCUGACAGAGCUCCAGCUGCUAGAUAAGGUACCAACACUCGAGCGGCUCCGAGCAGCCCAGAAACGCAGAGCUCAGCAGCUGAAGAAGUGGGCGCAAUACGAGAAAGAGAUGCAGCACAAGAAGAGGAAACAUGAGAAGAGGAGGAACGUGAUCAGCCGCAAGAAGGUUUCUUUUGAGGCCAGUGUUGCACUGUUGGAGGCUUCAUUAAGGAACGAUGUUGAGGAAGUCUGUUAUUUAUUGAACAAUAACUUCAGUCCUGACCUGUGCAAUGAAGAUGGAUUAACUGCACUGCAUCAGUGCUGCAUAGACAACUAUGAAGAAAUAGUCAAGCUUCUCCUGAACCAUGGAGCCAAUGUCAAUGCAAAGGACAAUGAAUUGUGGACUCCGCUCCAUGCAGCAGCAACUUGUGGUCACAUCAACUUGGUGAAGAUCCUGAUUCAGCAUGGAGCAGACCUACUGGCUGUGAAUGCAGAUGGAAAUAUGCCAUAUGACCUCUGUGAAGAUGAGCCAACCUUAGACGUCAUUGAGACCUGCAUGGCAUACCAGGGAAUCACCCAGGAGAAAAUCAAUGAGAUGCGGGCCGCUCCAGAGCAGGCAAUGAUCAGCGAUAUCACAGAGCUAAUAGCAACAGGGCAGGAUCUAAACAUAACUGAUGUACAAGGUGCUACACUGUUGCAUAUAGCUGCAGCCAACGGGUACCUUCAUGCAGCUGAGAUUCUUCUAGAUCAUGGAGCAAGGCUGGACCUCCAGGACUGGGAUGGCUGGGAACCCCUCCAUGCUGCUGCCUUCUGGGGACACAUGCAGAUGGCUGAGUUGUUGGUGUCCCAUGGUGCAAGUCUGAGUGCCCGGACAGCCAUGGAUGAGAUGCCAAUAGACCUCUGUGAAGAAGAGGAGUUUAAAGUCCUGCUCUUGGAACUGAAGCAUAAGCAUGAUGUCAUCAUGAAAUCUCAGAUGAGACACAAAUCCUCUUUGAGCCGGAGGUCAUCAAGCACUGGGAGCAGAGGGAAAGUGGUUCGGAGGGCAAGCCUUUCUGAUCGAACAAACCUUUACAGAAAAGAAUAUGAGAAGGAGGCCAUUGUGUGGCAGCAAAUUGAAUCUUCUGAAGAGCAAAGAACCUCUGGGUACAAUGGUGACAUCAGGGAGAUUUGCUCCAAUCAGGAGAACACAGAUCCGAACUCUACAUUAGAUUCACCCACCCUCCUUCCUGAACUGGCAACCAAAAGCACACAGUGUGACUCAGAAAGUCUCCUCCAGAACGGACUGAGCUUAUCCACAGCCACUUACCAAUAUUCUAUCCCCAAUGGAGAUGUUUGGAAAUUGCAUUCCGCUGUAGACAACGAUUCUAGCCAAGUACUGCCCUAUGAUACAGUGGGGGUCCCAGAUGUUCAUCAGAUCUGGGGGGGCUACAAAGAGAGGAGCCACCAAACUCUCUCUGAGCUGAAACGGCAGAGGGCUGCAGCCAAGCUUCUCAACCACCCUUUCAUCAGUACACACUUUGGCAGCAACAUGGACGGGACAACAGAAAAUGGGGGAGAAGCUAAAGAGCACUUGUUCAAUUCCAGGACUCCUUCGUACACAGCCAAUGGGACCUCAGUUUAUUAUACAGUGUCGAGUGGUGACCCACCUCUGUUAAAAUUUAAAGCCCCCAUGGAAGAAAUGGAGGAGAAGGUGCAUGGAUGUUGCCGGAUUUCCUGAUCUAAGUUCAUUCCUAACAAGGAGAUGCACCCAGUUGGGUGGGGCAUUUUUCAUCCAUCACUGAGUCUGGGCUGUUAACCACUGCUAAAUGGGAGAAUCUGGAUGAGUCAUCUGAAGCUUAGCCAGGUUUCAUUCAUCUUUAGUAUCUUAUUUUGCUAUUGCAGUUCCAUUUUAAAAAAAAUCAAGCAGCUGUAGGCAGCAAAGUGAAGUCCAAGAGCGGAGACAAGUCCUUGUUGCAUAUGGUAGGCUACCAGAAUGAAACACAUUUCAUUUCAAAUCCCAUCCCUGCUUCUGAGCUUCUGGGGCCACAGUACUCCUGAAAACCUAGCCCUUUGGGACAAGCCCUCCCAAGUCAACUCAUUCUUGGUGCACAAUUACCCAGGGUGCAUCAACCAAACCCAGCACUUUUUUUUAACAAGCAGACUUAGUUGACUGCUUAAGACCCAGUUUGCUUGCCUAUAUGCGAGGCUUUUGCACACAGAAGACAUAUGCACUUUAAUAUGACCAACCUGAACAUUUCACUUUUUAGGUGAGAACACAUUUGGGACAUCAUGCAUCCCUCUGCCAAGCUUAUGAGCCAUCACUUCCUGAUGCACUCUUCGUAGAAAAACAGAGAAAGUUGCAUAGGUCAUUGGCAAGUUUCACCCCUUUCAUAGGUGGGUGGAAUAUUGUGAGCUCCUUAGAAGACCAAUACAACUGAAAACAAAUAGGCAUGGCUCAUGUGUAACCUUCCCCACUGCUUAUGAUAGGCAGGUCAAUCCCAGUUUAAAUUUGUCAUACUCUAAUAUUUAAUAUUCCCCAAAUUGCUGCAGGGGAAAGGUUAUGAGAGAAGGAUAAGAUGUACUUCCAUUCAUCUAAACAGUAUUUCUUACCACAUUGAUCCUUGUAACAUCAUUCGGUUAGCCUAUGAUAUUAUGCCUAUUUGAAAUGGCUCUUGAACAUUGAGGUCAGUGGCCAGUCCCUUACUCUGUUGUGAUCUUUGUAUCUGUUUCUGAUGUUUUCCAAUUUUUGCUUAGCCAUUUUUUGUCCUGCCUGGCCACUGAUGGUAAUCUGUUUAGGUUUAAAGAAGGCUAAACUUUUUUAUCCCCAGAAAGGCAGAACAGAAUGUUAUGAAUGAUGCAGGGCUGCCACCCAAAACAAGAUCUCUGUUGUGUCGAGUCCCUGCAUUGCAGUAUCUUGGCUUGAACCUCUCAAAUCAGUAACUGUCAUAGACAGUGAAAGGGAUAAACAUACACACACAGAGACAUACAUACACACAUAUCAUAUCACAACAGCGUGAAGCUCUGCUUUACAAAGAACCUGAUAAAAAGCAGAGUCAUGUCUUCUGUAGUAUUCACCUCUGCCCAAUCAGAGAGCUCUUCCCAUGGAGCCAGAAACAUUACCUAGCAGCUAAGUUUUAGAAUACACUGAUUACAUCAUUUCCAUUACAUCUCAGAGAAGCUGUAUAUGGGAGCCUUCCCCUCCUUACAUUUAGCAGAUAUAUACUACUGACCACUGCCACCUGGUGUGCACCUACUAAAACUAACAUUUAAAGCAGGACUUUAAAACCACACAUGCACUGAAUCCACAAGGAAACAAAAUGGGUAGCCACAUGAGUUACAAUAUUAUCGAGCACAUGCCACAAGUUUGUAUUCUGUUCCUAUUGUGACUAAAUGUCUGAAGCAUUGCUGAGUAGCAAAGCAGACAGGACUUGAAAAAGGGGUGUGUAUGGUUAGCAUAGCUGCCUCAGCAGCGGGCUUCUCUUUUCAUAUUUGGGUGAUAUGAAGAGAAAAUGCCUCUGAAUUAGAGCAGAAACUCACAUUGUUCCAGGGACAUGGGUUCAGGAGCUAAGAAGCAAUAUUCCGUUUGUUCUACAUCUGAUAAACAUCUCUGUGUGCACAAUGGCCCCAGUUGUAUUCAGUCAAUUCUCGACUUGUCCCAGCAAUGCAACAUCUGCCUCCAGUUUUGAAAAAGGAUAGCACUGAAAGUGUAGAAACAAUAAGCUGGGCAUUUCUUCCAACAGAAUUGUCCUCUUUCGACUAAACUACUCUGACAUGGGAUUUCUUUAAUUGACAGGUCUGGAGAUUUGACUGUUUAGUCAUAUGUCUUAAUUAAAUUCUCAUUUUCAUACAAACUUGAAAAUUAUAAAGUGUCACUUUGCUCUUUCUGGUUUUCUGUGCAAUCCUUACUCUCCCACGAAGGUGAAAAACCCUUUUUGUGCAUUCAGUUGAAGCAUGGAAAUGGGGGACGUGUCUGUUGCUGCUGCUCCCAAAUUUGCACAUGUUCCUCUAAAGAAAGGCCUGUGUGUGAAGAAGACUUGAGCCAAAUUCUUUCCAUGCAUCCAAACAAACGUGCAGCCAGCCCAAAGGGAAGCGCACGCUGGAUGUUACUGUUUCAUGAGCAUGUUUCAUGUUAAAUAGUUAUUGAAAUAAGAAAUGGUUUGCUACUAUUAUCCACCACUCCUCCAACAAUUAUGAAUAUCAAAUAGCAGAGAGUUAGUGGACAGCCCACUUCAUAUUGGAUAUGCUGAUUAUUACCGCAUGAGGUGUGAAGUGCCUCUUAACAGUACCUGCUAAAGUUGCAAUCCUAAGCAGUUAAAUUGUUCUAAGCCCACUGACUUCAGUGAUCCUAGAAGGGUAUACUUCUGUUUAGGAUGGCACUUUUACUUGGAAGUCAGUCCUACUGAAUUAAGUAGAACUUAAUCCAGAGUAAAUACACAGGAGACUAAAAUGCAAAAUUCUUAUUUCACUAGCCCCUCAUCAAUGCUUUACUUAUCAACAUUUCUCUUUGAACUGAAAGGUAAGAUUUCAAAGGAAAUAGUUGUAGAGGACAAACAGAUUGCAACUUUACUGAAGGGUUGCCUUCACAAACAGGGAUCUCCUCCUGUUUUUCUUCCACUAUUUAUCUUUCCUUGAAAAGUAAAAAUUGGCUUUAUCAGAACAUUCUGGCAUAAAGGAGGAGAGCAUAUCUAAACAUCCUACCCAAGUCACUUUUAAAGUUGGUUUCCACAAGCAAUCUGUUUCUGCAAAGAAUGCUGGGAAAUUGCACCCCCCGCCCAAGAGUUCUAGCAGCAGCGAGUGUGCUGUUCGUAGCUCAGAGAUGGAGAAUCUGCUUUGCACACAGAAAAUUCCAGGUUCAAUGCUUAGCAUUUCCAGUCAAAAGGAUCAGGCGAAAAACCUCCACCUGAGAUUCUGAAGAGUUGUUGCUAGUCAUUGUAAACAGGACUGAGAAAUCAGCUUCAUGUGUUCAGGGGUUUAUUUUUGUACUGAUCAAAUCCUUCCAGGAUCCCGUUAUGCUGUGUAUCAGUGAUAUAUAGUAUUCUGUCUUGCUCAUCAGGUGGUAAGAAAAAAUAGAUUGGGGUAAAUGUUUGUGCACCCAAGGAGUUUGUAAAAGGGCAUAUGAUGUUGCUUUACUACCUUUUCGGGGGGGGAAAGUUGAACCAGCACUUGAAUAUUCUCUCUGUAUAUUCUGAACAUAUGUUCCUCAUGUUGUCUGCUGCAGAGUUUUCCAGUUUUCCAAAAUGAUCAGAGUCUUGUUCCAGGUGACUGAAACAGCUCAGGUGUGAAUAGUCCUUGCAAUUUGUGCGUAACUCUUGGCCAUCUCAGCACAAGCUGACCAAAUGCCUCAGCAUCCCUGAAAGAUGCAGAAAGAGACAAACUUAUUCAUGUAAUGCUUAUCCUGCUCUGGUCCCUCUUGCCCAUUCUCAUCAAUAUAUUUACAUAUAUGUGUUGCGUAUUUGAGUCUGCAUGUACCUCCCGCUUUCAAUGAGAUUGCUAGUAUCCUAUUUGUUCUCUAUGCAUUUUCUUUAAUACAUUUUUCUUGCAUGUGAUGGGGGAGACUGACUUAUCGUCAAGAAAUUCCUACACAGAGGAAAUCUGUGAAGCAAAACACAUUGCAUGGGCAUAGGCAGUUCAUUUCACUGCAGGUACAUUGAGCAGCUUCUGCAUGCUGUCAUGCAAAAAAACACAUUCAACACCACACUUUGAACCAUGCAGAAACACCCCAAACCCACCUAGUCCUUAAAGAUUAGAAUUUAAAAUCCAGUUUUUGUCAACAUGUAUGAGAAGUGUAAUUUGGUAACAAUGCCAUUGGCAUAAAUCUGUUAAAGGAAACGUGAGAUUUACCACAGGUCAAAACUCCAGGGUGAGCUUUGCAAACCCACUCACACAAAUGAGAGCUGGGUGACUGAUACAAUCCUGGAGGAUGCUUUAUCUGCUGGAGUAUGAAAGUAGCUGUGAAGGGGGUUAAUUUCCACAAAAUCAUUUUUUUAAAUCUAUGAUUAGUAGUACAUUUUCUCCAAGGUCCGGUUAUAUACACAGUUUCCCCUCAAUUUUAGCCUGACAGCCCAGUAACUUGGGUUAAGCCAACAGAGUGUCACUGGCCCAAGGUCAUGCAGUGAAUCCCAUGGUUUCCGAGGUUUUUACAAAAAGAUGUUAGUAGAUUGUGUAUUCCUUUGUCAUAGAACUCAACAUGCUGCCACAGAACUCCUUGUUGUAGAAUGCUGGGUCUUAGUGCCUACUUAGUCCUGCUCCUCACACCCGUUUGAUGAUAGUCAUUCAACUAACUAUAAAUGCUCUUGUAUCAAAGUACCAUGUUCGAUAAUGCACAAAAUAAUGGUUUUGGUAAGUCAGCAUGUAAAAAUGAAUAAUUCUCAUAUUAUUUCAGGACUAUAUUCAAAUGUGGAAGUGUACAAUUUUCUCAACCGCUGAACCUCAAAUGACUAUACUAACAUCUUUAUCUGAGACACAGUAGCCAAACACUCAAAUCACUACAAUGCUACAUUGGCUUGCUUGCAAACAUUACUCAAAUGAUCCUGGCCUAUGAGGCUUGAACUAAUUCUGUUUUCAGGCACCAGCUCUUAAUUUUGCACAUGGAUUUAUUUACUAGGAUACUAGAAUCUAAAUUCACCCACAUCACAGACAGUAGGAGAAUGUGUAAGCUAUUACUUGAGAAGCAGCAAAAGGAAGAAUUCUCAUAAAUGAUAUCAAGUAUUCCUAAAGGCAAAGGGAAUUUUAUGAGGGUGAUCCAGAGCUUUGGGAAUGGACCCACAUCAAAAGAAUCAUUCCGUCGUUUUAGUUGGAUUUACCACAAUGCAUUCCUCUCAGGUUGUGCAAGGAUAGCUCAUGUUAUAUUGUGGUAUGUCUGAUGAUACUUUUAAAAAAGGGUUUUGAUAGAUAAUAGCAUUUCAGUCCUCCCAGGUAACUUUAGGUAUUUAGUGUUUGUAAAAAUUUCAUCCAGGCCCUAAACCUAAUUAUUUUUUCUACUUUCAUCUCUUAAAAAGACAAAAAUUAAAUCCCAAAGUAUUAUUCUUGUAGUAUUAUAAGCAGUACUAUUAUCUUCUUCAGGGUCUUUCAGGCUUGGCCUACAACUAAGCCAACUGUUGAAGCAUGAAACCCCCCAAUGAAAAUUAUACACGAUUGCUUUAUUAUGAAGGACAAUUUCUUUUGGCUGAAGCAUCCAGCAGUGCGGCCAAUAUGUUAUGUAGACAGCUCCUGGAUUUUUCAGGAUGGCUUUCCCAAAAAUGAGACACCUAAAAACAACUUUAGUUGAUCCUAUUGUAGCAACAAUACUGCGUCUUUUAAUUUCCCGUUUUAGUUCCACAGUGUGCAGGCAUAGCAAUAACCUGUAACUCAUCUGGGAUGAGAUUUCAGUCAUAACCAUGACAUUCUUUACACAAGAGCAAUCCAGUUAAUUUGAAUGGGACUAUUCUGCUAUAAACAGGAUUGCAACUCUGCCCAUUCUGUUUGGCACUGAGGAUGUAACAAGUCUUCACUUUUACUCAAAGAAAAUGUACAAAAUGUUUCCAUUGAAAGACUGCAGCCCUUCAAGGUAGAUAUGGCCUUAGAAUUAAGGCAAUAUCUCAGCAUUUGACUUUUCUUCCUUGCCUUGCCUAGAAAAGAGGAAAUGUACUGACCACAAUAAGAUCUACAAAAUGUAUAGUUAAACUUCUGCAUAGGCAAAAACUCUGGUCAGCCCUUUGCAAUAACUUGACUCCAUGGAUCUCUAGAGAUGAUACACAUAUAUUAAAAUUAUGUAUUUUACUAAACUACAUACCUGUAUAUUACAUUAGCAGCACUGUGUAUAAAAAUGUCAUUUUUGACACACAGAAUCUAAUAUAUUAAACUUUUAAAAGAAGGAUUAUUUGAUAUUUUAUGGAAUUGACUUCAUAUUGCUAUAAUAUAUGUAUGAGAAAAUAUAUUAAACUGUCUGAGGGUCUGAUGCCAAAAAGAGUAUGUGUGACAGUAUUAGUUUCUGACUUCAGUGUAACAAUUUUUAAUUUAAACUAUUAAAUUUCUUUUAUUAACAA